CCAGUACAGAUUGUAGGCUGGUCCGGGACGAGUCUUGAGUCUGGACCCGGAAAAGGUGGAGCCUCUGAGCUCAAACCCGGAAGCGAGAGAGAGUCUAGAUUAGGAAACUAGGUUUCUGGGAAUCCUAGGCCUGGAAGUCCGCCGCGUGCCAUCCCCUACACCCCUAGUGGGGGAGGCGGUGGUGGGGCGGGACUCGGAGCUUAAUGUAGCAGGGGCGGGGUUCCAGAGCGAUUGCCAGGCUCUCGGGAGGGGGAGCGGCUGGAGCGCUGUGGCCCGGAUGUUCGGGCGCUGUGUUCGGACCCGCUGAUUCCCGGCUUCUCUGGGGAACCUAGUGUGGCCAAUGGCUGUCGAUAUCCAGCCAGCAUGCCUUGGACUCUACUGUGGGAAGACCCUAUUAUUUAAAAAUGGCUCAAGUGAAAUCUACGGAGAGUGCGGGGUGUGCCCAAGAGGACAGAGGACAAAUGCACAGAAAUACUGCCAGCCUUGCACAGAGUCUCCGGAACUUUAUGACUGGCUCUACCUUGGAUUUAUGGCUAUGCUUCCACUCGUUUUGCACUGGUUCUUCAUUGAAUGGUACUCGGGGAAAAAGAGCUCCAGUGCCCUUUUCCAGCACAUCACCGCACUGUUUGAAUGCACCAUGGCAGCCAUCAUCACUUUGCUCGUGAGCGACCCUGUGGGCGUCCUCUACAUCCGCUCCUGCCGAGUACUGAUGCUUUCUGAUUGGUACACGAUGCUUUACAACCCAAGUCCAGAUUAUGUCACCACGGUGCACUGCACUCACGAAGCUGUCUACCCACUAUACACCAUCGUGUUUGUUUACUACGCCUUCUGCUUGGUGUUAAUGAUGCUGCUCCGGCCUCUCCUGGUGAAGAAGAUCGCAUGCGGACUCGGCAAGUCUGACCGGUUCAAAAGCAUUUAUGCCGCACUUUACUUCUUCCCCAUUUUAACCGUGCUGCAGGCAGUUGGUGGGGGCCUCCUAUAUUACGCCUUCCCAUACAUUAUAUUAGUGUUGUCUCUGGUCACCCUGGCUGUGUACAUGUCUGCUUCUGAAAUAGAGAACUGCUAUGAUCUUCUGGUCAGGAAGAAAAGACUUAUUGUUCUCUUCAGCCACUGGCUACUGCACGCCUAUGGAAUUGUCUCCAUCUCCAGAGUGGACAGGCUCGAACACGACCUACCGCUUUUGGCUUUGGUACCGACACCAGCUCUGUUUUACUUGUUCACUGCAAAAUUUACCGAACCAUCACGGAUACUCUCAGAAGGGGCCAAUGGACACUGAAUAUAAAAUGCCAAAAAAACCCAAAACCAAAAAAAAUCCCCCAAAGUAUUCUUAAUUACAGACAAGUAAAGAAGAAUUUAAAAUGUAUUAAUAGCAUUCUUUCACACAUGGGAAGAAGAUUGUCCAGCUAGUAUAUGCUUGGGUUUUAUCUUUUGACUUAUCGGACCUGGGGUCUGACU